AUGUCUAAUAAAGUUUAUGAAACAGUUGAGGUUCUCGAGAACAAUUAUGGAAAUCCAGACUUGGUAUCAGAACCAAGUUCAAAAGAAUUAAGCGAAAUUGAUCCAGUACAUGAAACAAAUGAGUUAGCAAAAGAGUUGGGGAUAAAUCAAAAAAAAUUGCAAUGGAAAGUUGAUAUUUGUGUGGUUCCACCAUUUUGUUUGUUAUAUUUUUUGGCAUUUUUAGAUAGAGUUAAUAUCUCAAAUGCAAACCUUUAUGGUUUGUCGGUUGAUUUAGAUAUGACUGGUACGCAAUAUAACAUAGCAUUAUGUAUGUUUUUUGUUCCAUAUAUUUUUUUUGAAUUAUUAAGUAAUUAUACUAUUAAAUUUGUUAAACCCCACAUAUGGUUAUCUGGAUCAGUAUUUUUAUUUGGAAGUAUUACACUAGGUAUUGCAUUUGUUAAAACAACUGAACAUCUUUAUGUUGCAAGAUUUUUUUUGGGAGUAACUGAAUCUGCAUUAUUUUGUGGAAUUUUUUAUGUUUUGGCAACUUAUUUCACUCAAAUGGAAUCACUUAGAAGAUUCACUGCUUUUUUUUCUGCUACUUCAUUAAGUGGUGCAGCAAGUUCGCUGAUUGCUUAUAGAGUUAAUGAAUUACAUGGUAGAGCUGGUCUUAGCUCAUGGAGAUGGUUAUUUUUGGUUCAAGGUGUUGUAACAGUUGCUUGUUCAUUUCUUUUGUUUUUCACAAUUUCAGAUUUCCCAGAAACAAAUAGAUAUUUAUCUGAUAAUGAAAGAAAAUUUUUGAAAAAAAAAUUAGAGUUCCAUGCUGGUAUAAAAUCAUCAUACGAAAUUAAAAAUACAUUUUGGGAUGCUUUGAAAUGUUUAAAAGAUUGGAUGAUUUGGUUACCUACAUUAGCCUAUUUUGGUUUAGUUAUACCUUCAUAUGGUUAUGCAUAUUUUGCAGCAACUAUUAUUCAAGAAUUAGGUUAUACUGCAGUUUCUGCUCAAUUACAUUCAGUUUAUCCUUGGCUUUGCUCGUUUGCUACCAGUAACGUUGUGGCAUUUUGUUCAGAUUUUACCGGUUAUAGAGUUCCAUUUGUGGUUGGUGCAAGUUUAACUGCAAUUACUGGAUUAUGUAUGAUUUUAGUUGCAACUGAAAAUCCAACUAUUAGAUAUGCUGGUUGCUUUUUAUCAGUUACUGGGUGUUAUACUGCAAUGCCAGUUUUAGUUUGUUGGGCAGCAUUAAAUAAUGGUUCACAUAUUAGAAAAUCAGUUGGAACUUCAUGGCAAAUUGGUUUUGGUAAUAUCGGUGGUAUUAUUGCAACUUUUACCUUUUUAUCAAAAGAUGCACCAUAUUACGUACCAGGUUUAGCUACUUCAGUAGGUGCCGUUUGUUUUUCAAUUUUGAGUGCACUCUCGUAUUGGUUCAUGUGCUAUAGACUAAACAAAGCUAAAAAGACUGAUGCAUAUAAACAAAAAUUUCAUUCAUUAACUGAAAAAGAACAAAUUAAUUUAGGAGAUCGAAACCCUGACUUUGUGUAUUUAUAUUAA